AGUUGUUUCAUUUAAGCCAUGUCGAACGAACCCAUUCUCGGAGGUGUCUCUAAGUUGCAGGGAGAGGAGUUAAAGGAGGCCCUGGAACUGUUGGAGACAUCCCUUGCGAAGCUGGAAGCCACCGAUGGUCUUUUCUACAAAGCCGUCAACGUGACCUCUGUGACGGGACAGACGGUGGCUGGAUCUCUUUACACCUACGAGUUGGAACUCCAAAUUGAAUCGGACAAGAAACCGGCCACCGUGACGAUCUGGUCCCGCAUAUGGCUAAAGGAGGACGGUACCAACAUCAAGAUCCACUCCGGAGGCCAGUUGCAGUUGGAUCGAACGUGGUAAAUGUUUGAUAAGAAUCCAGGUGUUCGAUAUAAGCCCCUGCCAAGCUCCCAAAGAACACAAUAGUUUUAAUAAUUGUAUAAUUUGUAAACUUAAUAAUGUAUGGCUGUUAGAAGUGUAACCGAAAAUACAAUAAAAAAAGAUUAGGUUCAUAA